AGUAGAACUGUUACCACUGCUCAUUACGAAGUAGUGGCCUUUCUGCUACACGUCACUCUUAAAUUUGACGUUUUGAAUCAAAAGCAUACCUGGGACCUGGUAGAAACGUUCCAUACCUGUUGCACAUUUUUAUCUUUGCUCAAAUUAGUAAAUCAGGUGUACUGAGAUGUAUAGGUGUCGGGUCGCCGUUUUUAUAUUGGCCUGCUCAGUGCACCUGAUAAAUGGACAACAGCAUCCACCAGGAGUCAAUCCACAGGUAUAUCAGCCAGGUGGGCAGCAAAUGUCUCAGCAACAGGCACAACAAAUGGCCCUGCAACAGCAACAACUGCAACAACAGCAGCAGCUGGCUAUGCAGCAGCAGCAACAGUUACUGCUACAGCAACAGCAACAACAGUUAGCGAUGCAGCAGCAGCAGCAGCAGCAAAUGGGUAUGCAACAACCAAUGGGUACCCAGCAACAGCCAAUCAUUCAACAUCAAGUACCAGCUGGACAUGGCCAUCCUCCACCAGUAGCUGCAGGUCACGGUCAUCCUCAACAGGGACAACAAGUUUUUAAUUCACAGCACAUGGCAAAUGAAAGAGAUCAUAUUGGUGAGCAUGUUGGUAUGCCAGUGGACACUAGUAGAAUGUCUGAACAAGAAUUACAAUUCCACUACUUCAAGAUGCAUGACGCAGACAACAAUAACAAACUAGAUGGAUGUGAAUUGGUUAAAUCCCUUAUCCACUGGCAUGACCAAGCCAAUCACGACCCCAAAGCCGGUGUGCCAUUACCUGAUCACAAGAUUUUUACUGACGCCGAACUUUUAGCAAUGAUUGACCCAAUCCUGGAACAAGAUGACAAGAAUAAGGAUGGUUUUAUCGAUUACCCAGAAUUCAUCCAAGCUCAGCAAGCAACAGGUUCAGCACAGUGAUGAAAUUUCCCUGAAAUUCCAACCCUCGUUCCGUUAAGUGUACAUCUUGAUCUUUUAUAAUGACGAAACAAUUUUGAAAGGUAGGAAAUUCUUAAAAUAUUUGACGUGUUAAUGGUGAUGAAAGAUCUGAACUCCGUGUAUUUUUGAUCGAAUAAGUUGUGUGUGGGUGCUGGUGAUUUUAUUGAAAGAGAGCAUAAUUGAAAUAGAUUAAAGAUGACGUGUUUUAA